GGCCAGGCCCCGCCCCGCGCCGCAGCGGGCUGCCCAGGGCUGGAGCUGAGCGCGGGCUGGCGGAGCCGGUCCCCCGCCUGCAGGGGGCAGCGGCCGUGGCCAGGCCUUUGCGUCCACACCUCGGCAUCCCUGUCCUCGCUGUUCUUCUUGUCGCCGGGGUGGCGGGCCGACCAGUGGGCGGCCAAGAAAGGCGGCCGCCAUUCCCGUGUCGCUGCGCCCGCGGGGGCCGCCCGAGCCGGCCACCAUGCCGCUGGGCCUGAAGCCCACCUGCAGCGGCUGCAAGACCACGUCGUCCUCCAUGUGGAAGAAGGGCCCGCAGGGGGAGAUCCUCUGCCACCACUGCACGGGCCGGGGCGGCGCGGGCGGCGGGGGCGCCGGCUCGGGGGCGGCCGGCGGGACGGGGGGCGGCGGUGGCGGGGGCUUCGGGGCGGCGACCUUCGCCAGCACCUCGGCCGCGCCCCCGCAGAGCAACGGGGGCGGGGGCGGCAAGCAGAGUAAGCAGGAAAUUCACAGGAGGUCUGCCCGGCUCAGAAACACUAAAUACAAAUCUGCUCCAGCUGCUGAAAAGAAAGUUUCUACUAAAGGAAAAGGGAGAAGACAUAUUUUUAAAUUAAAAAAUCCUAUCAAAGCUCCUGAGUCUGUUUCCACCAUAAUCACUGCAGAAUCAAUCUUCCACAAGGGAGUAUAUUACCAAAUUGGUGAUGUUGUUUCUGUGAUCGAUGAACAAGAUGGAAAACCCUACUAUGCUCAGAUCAGGGGUUUUAUCCAGGACCAGUAUUGUGAAAAGAGUGCAGCCCUGACGUGGCUCAUUCCCACUCUCUCCAGCCCUAGAGACCAGUUUGAUCCUGCGUCCUAUAUCAUAGGGCCAGAGGAAGAUCUUCCAAGGAAGAUGGAAUACUUGGAAUUUGUUUGUCAUGCACCUUCUGAGUAUUUCAAAUCACGGUCAUCACCAUUUCCCACAGUCCCCACCAGACCAGAGAAGGGCUACAUAUGGACUCAUGUUGGACCUACUCCAGCAAUAACAAUUAAGGAAACAGUUGCCAACCAUUUGUAGUUACAAAAUUAAAACUGGGCUGAGGAUAUAGCUCAGUGGUAGAGUACUUGCCUAGCAUGCUUGAAGCCCUGGGUUUGAUCCCCAGCAUUCAAAAAAAAAAAAUUAAAACUGGAUUUCCAGUUUUCGCCUAUCAUACUACUAUGAGAUAUACCAUGUGUUCAUUUCAUGAAAUUUUUACAUGGAAAAAUGAAAGUUUUUCCCCUAAAUACCCAGUAAUCAUUAGCUUGUUUAUUAAUGUUACUUAGAAAAUUACAAGGAAUAGAAAAUAAUGAAAUAUAUUUGAAGGUAAAUAUUACAUUUCGUAUGUGUAUCUUCCCAGGCAAAGGCUGCAGUUUCCCAGGAGAACAUUAGGAACAGGUAGUGACUAUUUCUUCAUAAUUUAUUGUUAGAAACUCAUAAAAUGAAUUCUAUUUUUAUAUAAGUACAAAAUAUUAGUUAAGUUUUGGAUUUCUGACCAAGAGCUUAAAUCAAAUAAAAUGUAUGUGUGAUUGAUUAUGUCUGUUGUAAAGCCACACCAAAUGUAUUUCCUCAUCAAGAAAAUGCUGUGACAAAAAAAAAAGAAAAAAAAAAAAAAAAAGAAAGAAAAGAAAAGAAAAUGCUGUGACAGACUUCUGGCUGCAUUAACCAUAGGAGUGAUUGCUAGAUGAUGAUUUUAUUAGCCCAGACUUUUUAAACUUUUCAUGUGAUUUCUCUGUAGCAAACAGGCUUUGGAACCAUUCAGUUGCUCUCAGUAGAGCUGCUCUUCACUCUUCUCACCUACUUUUCUGUCAUACGGAGGCUUCAGGUCAAACCACUGACCUACAGUGCAGAUGUCACCUUCACUAGAACACCUAGGAAACCUGUGCUGCUCAGGCACCCUGCUUGAGUUUCUUGACUACUGUGAGAACAGCUGGCAGUCAUAAAAGUGAUUGAUAGCUAAAAAUGUCUACCGCCAGAUUAAGCCAUCUGCUAUGGACUCCUAAUAGUAUGCUUUGGAAGGCCUGCUGUGUAUUCUUCAAGUGCAAAUCAGUUAAGUAAGGGAGUAACAAAUGUAGAAGGGGUGGGGGGAACAGGCUUACCUCCUCUACCCUCUCACCCUUACCCUUUUUCUAUACAAUUACAGUUGUAUGUUGAAAACAGACAACUGUAGAUGGCUCAAUGUAUAUGGUCAUCUCUCUGUUCACAAAAGUUAUAGUAAAAUUGAUUGUAAAUACCAUUGAAAGUAGUUUUCUAAAUGCUGAUAUUCAGAACUUUUGGAUUAAAAUGUAUUUUUCACAAUGUA